CAUGUCAUGUUGUCAUGUCAAAUACUACAACUACGAGAACUGUGUGAAGUUUUUUGUGUUCUGUGUGGAAAUGAAAUAAAAUAUUUUGUGUUAACCAUUCAGUGAAAUAAAGUUUUAGUGAAAAUGAAGCCACUAAUAGAUUUCGAUGAAUGUCUGAGAGACUCUCCAAAAUUUAGGGAGCAGCUGGAAACUGAAGAAGCUAGCAUCGAUUCACUGGAGCAGAAACUCGAUAAAGUGCUCAAAGCAUGUUCUGUGAUGAUAGACUCUGGUAAAAUCUACAUGAGUCAUAGAGGGACAUUUACAAAUGCAUUAUGGGACCUGACUGGGAGCUUUGCAGAGGAUCCACCAGUGAUGGCAACACUUAACAGAAUGAUCCAUUCCUUGCAAGAGAUGAACAAGUUCCACACCAUCCUACUGGACCAAGUCUCCAGGACUGUGCUCAAGAAUCUCACUGCUUUUAUUAAAGUAGAUAUCAAAGGUGUCAAAGAAAGUAAGAAUCACUUUGAAAAAAUCUCAAACGAUCUGGAUACUGCUCUAAAUAGGAAUUCACAGGUAUCUCGCCACAAAUGUGUGGAAGUGGAGGAGGUGAUGAAUCUCUUGCUGGCGACGCGAUCAUGUUUCCGUCACACGGCGCUCGAUCACGUGCAGAAGAUCACCAUGCUGCAGGCAAGGAAACGGCACGAAAUACUGGCUACGUUCCUGUCGUACUUGCAAGCGUGCUGCACCUAUUACCAUCAAGGUGCUGACUUGUCGGAGGAUUUGGAGCCAUUUCUUAAGACCACCGCGGAAGACAUCGCAGCUAUGCGUAACGACACAAAAAUACUUGACAAAGAGAUGGAGAACCGUCAUACGAUUGUGAACAGUAAGGACACCGUGCUACCCAGCUGUAAGACCAGUGAAGCUGAAGGAGAUUGCAAAGACGGCCUAUUGAGUACACCGUGCCUCAAAAACUUACCGCGAAUGCAAGGAUAUCUCUUUAAAAGGACAUCGAAUGCCUUCAAGACAUGGAAUAGGAGAUGGUUUUAUUUAUACGACAAUCGUCUAGUGUAUAGGAAAAGGACAGGGGAGUUGAACGUGACAGUAAUGGAGGAAGACUUGAGGCUGUGCACUGUGAAGCCUGUACUGGAUGGCGAGCGUCGGUACUGUUUCGAAGUGUUGUCACCAUCAAAGAGCCACAUGCUUCAAGCAGACUCAGAAGAAAUGCUCAACUGUUGGAUAACAGCGCUACAGAACGGGAUCCGGUCCGCUAUACAGCAGGGACAAAGCCGGGAGCAUCCUGACACACAACUCAUACUGGUACCAGACGAUAGACCUUCGGAGAACAGGCACAGCGUCGCCAACGUUAGGGGUAUGAGGAAAAUCAGGAUAUGGGAGCAACUGUUAAGUAUUCCAGGAAAUAACUACUGCUGUGACUGCGGCAGCCCUAACCCUCGGUGGGCUAGCAUCAAUCUUGGCAUCACACUCUGUAUAGAAUGUUCUGGCAUACAUCGUUCGCUUGGAGUGCACGUUAGUAAAGUAAGGUCCCUUACUUUGGAUGACUGGGAACCUGAGAUCAUAAAGGUGAUGGCAGAGCUUGGUAACAAAAUAGUGAACAUGAUCUACGAAGCUAACGCCGAAGGAACAACAAUAACAAGAGCUACACCGGACUGUGAAACGAACGUGCGCGAGACUUGGAUCCGGUCGAAGUACGUGUCGCUGCUGUUCGUGAAGGACCUGGUGGGCGGCGGCGCGCUGGCGGCCGACAGUCCGCUGCGGACCGGCCGACGCUGGUCCGUACGUCGCGCCCGACGCAGAGUCCGUGCGGCUCCUGCGGUGCCGGAAACUAUCAAUGAUGAGAAGAGCGAUGCCAACAGUAACACGAGUGUGUCAGAAAGUUCAAGCAAGUCUGACGGCAGUCCAGUGUUGUUGAUCGGCACGGAGCUGGCCAGUGACCGCGGCGUCGACCUCAGCCUGCCUUCUGACCACGACUCCACUGAGGGAGAGGACAGCGAUGAACUAGCGGCGGAGGAGAUGUCCCGGCUGUCGGCCGACGCGGUCCUGUCGCAGGCCGCGCGAGCUCACAACGUCGCCGUCAUGCGGGGCGCACUCGCCGCCGGCGCGGACAUACACGCGCGGGGACAUACUGGCCGCACCCCGCUACACGCCGCCGUGCUCAGUGGAUCAGUGAUGGCGUGUUCAUUCCUGCUGUUGAACGGUAGCAAGUUAAACUUGCAGGACGAUGAUGGGAAGACUCCUUUACACCUUGCCACGGAAGCUGGUCACACUGGACAGGUUUGCCUACUACUCAAGUACCGAGCGGACCAGUCGAUAGUUGACAAAGACGGACAGACGCCACUAGACAUCGCCGUCAAUAACGCCAACGCUGAUAUUGUUACACUUUUAAGGCUGACGAAGUUGAACGAGGAGAUGCGAGAGAGCGAGAUGUCAUCGAACGACGACACGUACAACGAGGUGUUCCGCGACUACACGCAGCUCGCGCACUCGCACCCCGAGCGACUCGUGCGGGCCAAGCAUAACAACAACGAAGGAGAACAACCAAAUGAAUGACGCAACGAGUCGGGCGGUCGGCGGCGAUGGCUGUGGUAGCGACCACUACUAGCUCAGUAGCCGAGCGGAACCCAUAUAUACAUACAUACAUGUGUGUGACGUCACACAGGAAGACUCAGAACUAUUAAACAAAUCGAGGUAAACGUGCAUAUUCUGUGAAAUAGUUCAUAGUUAAAACAGAUUAAAAAAGUUUGCAGUGUAGUUUAUUUUUCUAGCUCUAUAGUACUAGUGUUAAAAUUCGGCUUAGUCGAUUUUUUUGUGACAUCACUAUGACUGCUUAUUUUUUUUUGUAAUCUGGUAACACAGGUUGUUGUUGCCAGACUAAUUUCACAGAUAACAUAAUAUUGUACCUUUUUAGUACUGUAUUUGGUAUGCUAGAUAAUGUUUUUAGGCUAUGGUCUUCCCAAGUGAAGAGUCAAAUUAGCGCUCUGAACAACGCAAAGACAUUUGUGCUAAGUACACUAUAAGGCUGUUUGGGCUUCAUAAAGUCCUUCAAUGUUACGAAUCUUUUUUAUAUAUUUAGUAGAAUAACUGGAUAUUAAUAGUAUCUUGUUUGAAAUUCCUGUUGAUGGCUAUAAGCGUACUAAUAAAAUAAAAUAAACUAAAAUGAAAUAAUUAUAAAACACGCUAGUGCUUCUAAGACCGUAGGUCGGUAAAGUGAUCUCUGUUAAAAUUUAAUAUGUAAUAUGACUUAUAUGAAACUAUUUGCUGCCAAACAAACAUAAUCAUUUUACAAUAGAAUUAAUCAUUCAACGAAGUUUAAUGUUUUUUGAAAUAUAUAUAUUUAAAUCUCUCUUUGCAAUGGUGCCAAGUAGAAUAAAACUACACUAGCGCCGCUACUAUAGAAACUUUACUAACAAAAAAUACACAUUUUUUUAACGCCAAAAUUAUGAAAGAGACAACACAUUAGAUGCACGAAAUAGUAAAAAAUUUAAAGGAAAGAUUAAUUCUGUCCUUUUCUAGUUACACAUGCUAGAGCAAGACAGCAAUAGGUCUUUUGUAGGUCUCACUCCAUAUUAUGAUAUUUUCUAUGGCUUAACAAUUUUCUCUGGUUACUUCCAUACUUGUUGACUUAGCGUAAAGCUGAGGUGUAUAUAAUAAAAAUAAUCGAUAUUAUUAUAAUAAUUAUAAUAACUAUUGUUAAUAAAAUAAUGUUAUUGAUGCAUAGCGUAUUAAAUGGUUGGGGUGGCGAGAUGUAAGCUUUAAAUGUUAGUGUAUUAAGUAUGUAUACCUUGAUGUAUUGUCUGGAAUAAUAUAUUUAGACCAUAGUACAGGUUAAUCACCUGUUCAGUGAUUGACAGUACAUAAUGUACCUUAACAGUAUGGUAAUAAAUUUGAUGUUUCAAUGACACGUCGGAAUGAAACUAUCUGUAUGAAAUUACAUGCGACAAUGAGAUAUAAUGAGGUCUAUGUCUGUUUCCUAAGCUCCUAAAAUCUUGCUUCCUAAUAAAAUAAAAAUUAAAAGAUAUCUUUCCUCCCGCCAUUGCGCGAUCGCAUCAAGUUAUGAAGAGAGCCAUAAUUCAAAGGGUGGUGUGAUUUAUCUUUAGUAAACCAAAGAUUUUAAGUAUUGGUUUUAAUAACGUUACUUAGAUAUUAUUUUUGUGUAAUAACUAUCGUGAGACGUACUCAAUUAUACAUAUAAUUGAAAUGUAGGGCUUACUCACUUGAAACUGUUCGAGAAAAGCUCUACUAGUUUCAAGUCAUACCGCGAAUGCGUUAGUGUGUCGCCACCGCCUCCUCCGUCAUUCGUACGUGGAGAAUGUAUGAGUCCCGAUGUGACUUGAAACCAGUAGAGAUUUUCUCAAUAGUUUACGUGAGUAAACCGCAAUUUCAAAUUAAAGUUAGAUAUUAUACCUAGUUAGUUGGAAACUAUAAGGUUAAAUUAUUCAAGGCCUAUGUUUUUCUCCAAAGGUUCCAAAUGUAUUGCGUGGCUUUUUAUGAAAUCCAAGUGCGAUUAACAUUCCUGUUUUAAAAAAAUAAAGCCAUUCCAAAAAUGUUGGCAUUUAAAUGUAUUUUUUUAAGAAUUCGGCUCAUACGUGAAUCUCAAUUGAAAUUUAUUAUUGUUAGCUCCUAUUGUUUUUUAUAUAUUUUAGUGUAAUAAUAUUAUAAUGUACACUUGCCAAAUUAUUGCAAUGUUCUCAACUUGCCUCUGUAAUAUUGCUUUUGCGAUUUAAUACAGCAAUUUUGAUAUUUUACCAGUAUUUUAUGAUCCUGUAUUACUCUGUAAAUAUACGACCUCUUUUAAGGAACGAGUUAUUGUUUGUAAAUGUUCAAAGUAUCUUGAAAAAUAUAUAAUCAAUAAAAUGCUACGAAUUCACUACUUA